UUUUAGUCAAUGAUGGUAAAGCUGAUAGGGUGGCCAGCAUGGCCACCACUGUCGUCGAAGAAAUUCGAAGCCAUAAUUGUCGUUCACCGGCUCGAAGGUUUAACUUUAACUCAAUUUGAGAGCGGGAAGGCAUUGGUGUGUGAACUUAAGUGGAAAGGUCAGAAGGGAGCUUUGAGUUCACUGAGGCGCUCUGUAAAGAGAAAUUUCACCAAAUAAGUGGGUGUUGGAGAUGAUGGGGUGCUGGAAUGGAACGAGGGGUUUCGAAGUUUGUGUAGUUUCUCGGGCUACAAAGAGGGUGUGUUUUGUCCAUGGGAGGUCUCAUUUACGGUGCUUAGUGGUAUGAACGAAGGGUCCAGGAACAGGGUUCGAGUUGUUGGAACUGGAUCAUUGAACUUGGCAGAAUAUGCUUCUGAAGCUGAUGGAAAAAGAGACCCAAAUUAAUGUUUCUGUCAAAGUCCCAAUUGGCACUACUGAGUGUAGUCCCUCACUCUGGUUAUCUGUCAGUUUACUGGAAUUGCUAAUUGCUCAACAACCUUCAGAGACGGUGCAGAAGUCAAUAGUUUGCCUUCCACUGUCACUCUGUUAUGCAAAAGCUAACUCAACUGAAAGAGAUGAGUUUUCUGCCCUUAAAGCUGGUCUGAGAAAAGUGAAAAACUUCACAGAUUAUGUCUCAGCAGUUAGAGCAAAGAAGGCAAGCUGUGAAGAAGAGGGAAGUGAUGGUAGGUGUUCCGAUAAAAGCAUGGAUCCCGAGUGCAAUUAUCCCUUUUACACAGAUUCACUUAAUAAUGAUGAGUGGCAAUCAGAGGAAACAAAGGAUGAUUAUAGCAUUAACGGCCAAAAUGACUUCUGGAUCUAUUACAGCACCAGUAAACUGGAUGUGGGAUGCUGUAAUAUUGGCAAUUCACGUGCUCUAAUUUCUGAGCAGAUCCUGAGGCCAAAUUUGAAGCACAUUAUCCUCUCUUGGAAGAAGAGAAAACUAAGCUUCAGGAUUCAUAAAGCCAAAGGGGAAACUUUUCUGAAAAAAAACGUUACGGAGAAGAGGGUGGAGAGGAUAUUUUAUGAUUGUAGGCAGCUUAGCUCCUCUGACGAGUCUAGUUCAGGGUUGCUUGAGAAUGUUUUGGUACAGAUGGGUCAUCAAUAUCUGAGUUUGAGAGCACAUGUACAGCUCUGGUUGCAGUCAUUGCUGAUUGGUUGCAUUCCAACCAAGAUGAGCUCCCCAUCAAGUCUGAAUUUGACAGGCUGAUUAGAGAUGGAUCAUUGGAAUGGAGAAGUCUUUGCCGCAAUGGGGCCUACAUAGAGCAGUUCCCCGACAAACACUUCGAUCUUAAGACAAUUCUCCAAGCUAAAAUCCGUCCUCUUUCUAUAGUUUCAGAAAAUUCCUCUAUUGGAUUCUUCCAUCCAGAAGGACUGGAGGAGGGGAGUUUGGACUUCCUACACGGUACCCUGUCCUUCGACAAUAUAUGGGAUGAGAUCAGCAGCCGUUCUACAUUAGACUGCUCAAGCAAUGAUGAGCCACUUCUUGCUUAAGGUUUUUUCGUGCUAAAGGUUGAGGAGGAUGCUUACUACAUCAUCGACACUUUAGGGGAGAGACUCCAUGAAGGAUGCAACAAAGCAUAUGUCCUCAAAUUUGAUAGACAACAAUUUUACGAUUGUCAAAUGAGAGUCAAGCAUCAGAUGAAAAACUUGCUAGUGAUAA